CCUGCGUCAAGGAGCAUGGGCGCAAACUUUAGAAGCUUUUUUUUUAUAAACCGGAGGCAGUUUUUUAGAAUGAAGGCAGGCGAGUCACCCUUCGCGUGAGUGGCGCGUGGAGCUCCGGAGGCACUCCACUCCAGGUGCUGGGAAAAGGCGACACGGAGGAAGUCGUGAUCUUUGCGGCGGAUUGCGCCACGGAGGACCGGGGGGGAACGGACCGAUGAGCCAUCAUGGGUCCAUUGAUGUGUGAUGGACGACUGACACACCUCCUCCUCCCUCUCCUCCUCCUCUUGCGGGCUCCCCCGCUGUUUAGCUUUGGUGAGCGCACCUGUCCAAAUAGCUGCCGAUGCGAGGGGAAAACUGUACAUUGUGAUUCAGCUGGCUUCUUAGAUGUUCCAGAAAACAUCUCAGUAGGCUGCCAAGGCCUCUCCCUGCGCUACAACGAACUACACACCCUGUUGCCGUAUCAAUUUGCUCAUCUGGGCCAGCUUCUCUGGAUUUACUUGGACCAUAAUAAGAUUUCAGCUGUUGACAGUCGCGCGUUCCAGGGGGUUCGCAGACUUAAAGAGCUGAUACUGAGCUCCAACAGGAUCACAUCGCUGCAUAACUCAACAUUCCACGGAAUUCCCAAUCUUCGCAGUUUGGACUUGUCUUACAACAAAUUGGAAAUCCUUCAGCCAGGUCAGUUCCAUGGCUUACGAAAACUACAAAACCUACACCUGCGCUCAAAUGGUCUCUCCAACAUCCCAAUUCGAGCAUUCCUGGAGUGUCGAAGUUUGGAGUUUUUGGAUUUGGGCUACAAUCGUAUCAAGGCUCUUACCCGCACUACAUUUUUGGGGCUUCAGAAGCUAAUGGAAUUGCAUCUGGAGCACAACCAGUUCUCACGGAUCAACUUUUUUCUGUUUCCACGCCUGGCCAAUCUGAGAUCACUCUAUCUGCAAUGGAACCGCAUUAAGGUGGUCAACCAGGGCCUUCCAUGGACUUGGUAUACACUGCAGAAACUUGAUCUGUCCGGAAAUGAAAUCCAGACCCUAGACCCAGCUGUGUUUCACUGCUUACCCAACCUCCAAGUCCUCAACCUGGAAUCCAACAAACUGUCCAAUGUGUCUCAGGAGGCGGUGUCAGCAUGGAUCUCCCUGACCUCCAUGAGCCUUGCGGGGAACAUGUGGGAUUGUGGGGCCGGGAUAUGCCCGCUUGUGGCUUGGUUGAGAAAUUUCCGGGGUAGCAAAGACACCACUAUGAUAUGCAGCAGCCCUAAGUAUCUCCAGGGAGAAAAAAUUAUGGAAGCCACAAGGAACCAUGGAAUUUGUGAGGAAACUGAUUACGUUCUGACUGAAACACCCUCACCAAUGUCAGAACUCAUUUCUGAAGCAACAGGAGAACCAACCUUUGGCCCCACUAGCGCCUCUCCACCUAUGCCAAUAGCUAGCACCUUUGGUCCUGUCCCACCAUACAGACCUCGACCUAUUCCUAAUCCUACUUUUCCAGGGCAUAUGAGCAAAGACCCAAGAGACUCAGUUGCUCGCACCCGUCCCACCCUCAUACCACCUCCAGAACUGGAACACAUGACUCUUCACAAAGUGGUUGUGGGCAGCGUGGCACUCUUCUUCACGAUGUCCCUAAUCUUGACAAUUAUCUAUGUGUUUUGGCGGCGAUAUCCAGUUGCCACCAGGUUGCUGCCGCAGCGAUCCGUGGUGGGGCGGAAGCGUCGUAAAAAGAGUCCAGAGCCUGAGCAGAACCUGAGCUCCCAGCUCCAAGAGUAUUACAUGAGCUACAACCCUGCUGCCACUCCAGAGGCAUUGGAUGUGCUAGGCAAUGGCACUGGUUCCUGCACAUGCACAAUUUCUGGCUCCAGGGAGUGUGAGAAUGAGUAUACGUGCCCACGCCCGCUACCUGGUGCCUGGCUGGGAGAUGUGUCUACGAUCCAUUAACUGCUAAAAGGAACUGCUUUGAAUGAAACAGGAAAGAGACAUAUGCAGGGAACCUAUCAGGAUCCUACUCACAUAAUUCAAAGGAUACAUUUAAAACGAUCCUCCACGCUAACAAGGGAAACCACUGACAAAGACCACGAGGAGAUGUCUUUUUCUUAAGAUUUUAUAUUGUCUUGUUUUUUUCGCUCAUAGGCUUCGCUGCAUUCCAUAAUGCUCCAUCACUAAAUGAAUAAAUGGUUGUGGAUACACAGUCUUAUGGUAAAUAGUGGAGCCUUGGAGGAAGACUCAUGAGCACUAACGGAUGGUUGCAUCCAACACGGGAGCUUAUUGUAUAGACUUUAAUAGCGUAUUCUCUCCCUGAGGACAACAUGGCAUUGGUUUAAACAAGGCAAGAGACUGUACAAAUUCAUGAGGCUUUAAAAAAAAAAGUGUAAAACCCAGCAAGGAGUUUUUAACUAAAAUGCACUGAGCAGCUGGACCUGAUCGCUCUGCUAAUGCAGCUAUGUAUAAUUUAAAGUGUAUUUCCAUACUUUGAUUUCACCACUUUAUCCCCUUUAAACCUUUUUUUUUCGUAAGAAAGCCCAAUUAAAGUCGAGGGUGGUGUAAAUGUGCCUCACUGGAGCAGAAACAUUAUUAAAACGGAGCUUCGGUGCACCUGUCAGGAAAGAGGAAUCCGCUCCAUCAGGUGGAAAUCGAGCAGCAGCUGGAAGAUUGCUUUUGAAAGCCUGAGAGGAAAGCAAACUAUCCCCCCAGCCAUCUUUGGUGGAGUCUUUGUGUUUUGUUUGCUUUUUUUUAAGAACCGUUUUCUAAGUUGUUUCUAAUUGCAAUCAAACCUUGACUAUACAGUUUGAUUUGGAAGACCUAAGGGGUCAAUCAGAAGCAAGGGGGAAAAGGAAAACGCUCCUAUCAAGGGUAUACGAUGUAAUUUUCUGCAAUUAUAAUGUUGUUAAUGUUGUACUUUACGAAUCUGUGUUUCUGACAUUUUCAACACCAAAUACCAAAGAGCCAAAUUGGAGCACCUUUGGCUCUCCCAAUUGGGUCGUCACAGAUCUACGAAAACUCUAAAAGAAGCCUCAACUUGAGUCCAAUAGUGUCCAGUAGUGCUCCAUUACCAGAUUGGCUUUUUUAAUUUUCUACGUGUGUAAUGUGUACGUCUUUGUGAACAAAGGAUCUUGCAACCACUCUCACUAGCAGGAUCUUGUCUUGAAAGAUAA